AUGGACCACGACCAGUUCUUAGGUGCGGUCUCGGAUCCGGGCCCCGACAUUACCCCAAUGCCAACCGACCCGCAUGAUGAUACCCUUAGCGGCAUGGAUAGCGACCAGCACCAUGCAAUACCAGACCACAACACCCGCGAACAGAACGGCUCCCACGAGCAGCAGCUCCAUGCUCAAUCACAGCCUCUCGACCAGAGUCUAGGUAAUUCACCUCGCUCGCACUACCUGCCCGACAACUUAGAUGGGGAGGCGACUGCCCGAUACGCGACCCCGCCGGUCCCCGCGCCCCCGAUAUCACGCCCUCCAUCCGGCCUUUCGGGACACGGCGCUGCCUACGGAGCCGACCAAGCAUCAAGAGCGGGCAGCAACGGCGCGCCGGCCGAGCAACAGAACACUGGGCGCAACCAUGUCGUGAUCAAGGUCGGCAUGGUGGGCGAUGCGCAGAUCGGCAAGACGAGUCUCAUGGUCAAAUACGUCGAGGGUAGCUGGGACGAAGACUACAUCCAGACGCUUGGUGUAAACUUCAUGGAGAAAACGAUCAGCAUCCGGAACACGGAAAUCACAUUCAGCAUCUGGGAUCUGGGCGGCCAGCGCGAGUUUGUGAACAUGCUGCCACUGGUGUGCAACGAUGCCGUAGCGAUCCUCUUCAUGUUCGACUUGACGCGGAAGAGUACGCUGAAUAGCAUAAAGGAGUGGUAUCGGCAAGGGCGAGGGUUCAACAAAACGGCCAUCCCCGUUCUCGUUGGGACAAAGUACGACCACUUUGUUAACCUGUCUCGCGAGGAGCAGGAGGAGAUCUCAAACCAGGCUCGGCGUUUCGCCAAGGCGAUGCGCGCGGCGUUGAUCUUCAGCAGCACCAGCCACAGCAUCAAUGUUCAAAAGAUCUUCAAGAUCGUGCUUUCAAAGGCCUUCGAUCUGAAAUGCACAAUCCCCGAAAUCACCAACGUCGGCGAGCCAUUGCUCAUCUACCAGUCUUGCUAG